CAUUCUGCCAGCCUGCUCAUAAGAGGACAAACCGCGGCAUCGGCUGUUCCUGGAGUCCCUCUAUCACCAGUUCAUUCUAUUUAAGUUUCGUCUUAUUGUCUCUUACCCACCGGCCAGCUACGCUUGCUUGCGCGACCGAUUCUGAACCGAAGCUCAGGUCCCCGCAUCAGGACGCUCUCUUGUGGUCAUCGUCUCAGUUACCGUCAGUCGCACAGCAACUUGCUUGGAACCAUGGCCGACCAACCUGAGACCGGCCUUCCGCCCAACUGGGAGGUGCGCCACAGCCAGUCCAAGAACCUGCCCUACUACUUCAAUUCGGCCGAGAAGAUCUCGCGCUGGGAACCGCCCUCGGGCACGGACACGGAGAAACUCAAGAUCUACAUGGCGAAGUACCACAGCAACAAGGGCCUACCCGCCGGCACCGGCGAGGAGCGCCAGCCGGGCAAGAUCCGCUGCGCCCACCUGCUCGUCAAGCACCGCGACAGCCGGCGGCCGUCAAGCUGGCGCGAAAACACCAUCACCCGGAGCAAGGAAGAGGCGUACGAGAUCAUCAAGUCCUACGAGGCCCGCAUCAAAUCCGGCGAAAUUUCACUCGGCCAGCUCGCCCUCACCGAAUCAGACUGCAGCAGCGCCCGCAAGCAGGGGGAUCUGGGCUUCUUCGGUAGGGGGGACAUGCAAAAGGAGUUUGAAGACGCCGCAUUUGCGCUGCGGGAAGGGGAGAUUUCCGGCAUUGUUGAUACAGCAAGUGGGCUGCACCUAAUUGAAAGACUCGAGUGAAUGCGAUGGCGGCAUUCCGGCACAAGCUUGUCAUCGAAACAUGGGGAACAGAUGGCUAUGAUUAGAGUACUUUUCUUUCCGUCUGCAUCAUUCCACCCCCUUAGCGCGUAUACGAGACUGGUUCGGCCUCGCGGGUGGCAGCCACUGAUUUUACUUUAGAACACUGGCACCAGUGUCGAGCGCAUAACCGGUUCGAUGGGAUUGAUUGUCCCAAGUUGACAU